AUGGAGGACGCUAGCUUAGAACUCAUGCAGCUGCGCUUGGCCAAUGAAAGGCUCGUUACCCAAGAUGGCAGGCGAAUGUCUGUGAUUGCACUCGCAUUCACACUCAAGAGUGUCUCCCAGCUGGCAGAAAAGCUCCUCGAUGCUGACCUGUGCAAGUACAUCUGCACGAGAAACCUGAACCAGGACCCCCUGGAAAUGUACUUUAGUUGCAUAAGGCAGCGAGGUGGCUGGAAUAACAACCUUUCAGCGGUGCAAUUCCGGCACGCCUACAGGCAGACCAUAGUAAAUGCAGCUGUUCUUGGUUCGAAGAAUGCCAACGUAACUGCACAGACUGAAGGGAUAUGCCUUUCAAGAAGCCAGGGGCAGCCCAGCAGCGAUUUGGGUGACAUCUAUGAAGAGCAGUCAGCUACACUGGUGGAUGCUCUGCUCGAGCACGACUACUUCGCUCGGAGCGAAUAUGCCAGUGAAGUCGUCCGCUACAUCGGUGGCUUUGUGGUUAGGGCAACCAGCAAGCAUCUUCACUGCGCGGAAUGCGCAGCAAUGCUCACCAAUGACACUGUGACUAGCUUGCUAACAUACAUAAAGGGCAAUGGUGGUCUUAUAGAACCAUCACGCUUUGUGCAUGCAGCAAUGUGUGCAGCAGAGACAGUGCUACGCCAAGGCAACACGACAGGAGACAACAUCCACAAGAUAACUCUUAGGGCCUUCCAACAAUUCGUGAAGCAAUAUGAAGUCAUGCUUCACAAUUGUACACACUACUCUGAAGACCCGCAGCAUGUGAUAAGCCUCACAAAAGUGCUGCAGAAAAAGUAUGUCACUCUCCGAAUGAAAGAAAUUGGUAGAUGCCGCACUGAGCAGGAGCGCAGUGCAUACAUCAGGCACGUGCUCACAAAGCGUGUGCUAUUUGCUCACCAGUAUUUGACCUAG